ACUGACAGCUGUAGAAAACUGUCAUGCUAUCGACAGACAACAAUCACAGAGUUGAAUUGAAUCAGAAUUAAAAUUAUUAUUUUUUAAAACGUUACUCUUCCUUGUCAAGGCAAUUUUAACAUUUUAAUUAUUCCGUUUUAAAUCAGUAAUAGAUUUAUGAAACCAUUUUUUUUGAUAUUUAUAACUAUAUAAGUUGCCAUUGCUUUUAUCAACCAAGAUCUUACCUACUUGUUAUACGGUCCUCAAGUGAUAAUUUAUUGUAUCGAUAUUCAAAUUAGCUUCAUUUUGGAAUUAUCUAUCUGGUAAUUUCUUUAUAAUGACUUCGGAAGUAUUGGCGAGCGCUGGAAGUGAAAUUCGGGAGAACUUGUUUCAGGUAACAACGGCUGUAAAGUUUCUCACAAAUCCUAAUGUUCAACGAAGCACAAUGGAAAACAAAGAACGUUUUCUUCGAGCUAAGGGCCUAACUGAUUUAGAAAUAAAGAGAGCUAUAGAGAAAUGUGGUGAUUUAGUAGACAUGUCAAAUUUUACAUCGGAGCUGCAUUUUUUCCAGCAUUCACAACAUUCUUGGUUUAAAGAAAAAAUAUUACCAUUGAUUAUUUAUGGAGGAUUUGCUUAUGGGUGCUACUGGUUUUACAAGAACUGCAUCAAACAACUACUAUUCAUAGAACAACCAAAGCGUAAGUCCACGUCGGAAUGUAUAGAUGAAUUACGUAAAUCUUUAGAUAUAAUGAAUGCGAGUAUCACCUCACUUCGGGGUGAGAUGCAGGCGACCGUACAACAGAAUGCAAUGCGAUCACAGCUCGAUAAUUUAAAAGAUGAUAUUGCGUCAGUCAAGGGCAUCUUGUUGAGUAGAAACCAAUUCCCUUCACUGAAGAGAACUGAACCGCCAUCAAUCCCGGCGUGGCAACGUCAAUCGGAAGAGGCAUCAACCGUUGAGCCAGAAGAGAAGAAGCCGCACAGGACUCGUAGCCAAAGAUCGGAGUCCGGCGGCUCUAACUCAAGCGAGGGUGAACAGGCUACUAAAAAUAGUGAUAGCAGUCUUGAGAUCAUAUCGUGAAACCAUCUCCAAAGCUACUAAACAAACUUUUUGUGUGUGUUAACAAAUUUAGUUAAUUUUUAUAUUCAUGUUAUUAAAGUUUUAAUUUUAUGGCCUAACUGAU